UGUGGUUCUUCCUCCUCUUUGUUAUGGAUUUAAUAACCUAAGCUUUGCCUGCGAUUGUUUUCGAUGUAGAAAUCCUACGAUUCGCUGAGAUUUUCAGCGGGAUCGUGUGGAUUUCUAGGGUUUUAUCUCCAGGAUUCAUUUGUAUUUGAUUUUACUGCACCGUUUUCUGUUGGUUCUUCUGGUUUCUAAUGGGUUUUCAAUGAUCAAAUUCGGAUCUAUUAAGAUCAUCGUUUGUUUGAUCGAAAAUUUAGGUUUUGGUUGGUAUUUUGGCCGGUUUGAGCUUGUUCGAAGGUAAAUAUGGAUGAGUUUGGGAGACUGCUGUUUGGUUGAUGAUGUUCUAAAACUGUGUUCAGAAGUUUGAUUGUUUUCUCAACCAAUGGCCCUUCACUUCAAAUGUAAAAUUACCAUCUUUAUUGGUUGACAAAUGAAGUUUUAAAUACAGAGAAAAAAAAAAAAAAAAAGAAAAAGAAAAAGAAAGCCUUUUUGUGUCUGCCUUUGAGUCAGCAUUACGGAGUUUUCUGGAGGAAGAAUCCUUUCUUGAAUCUUUCUCCCUUUCAGUUUAAAGGAAAUUCAAUUGAGGAGGGAAGUUGUCAAGGAAUGGGGGAUCAUUUGGUUUUAUACGUUGAUCGUCUCAUAACACCUGCUACCUUGCAAUCCAUGCAAGGAGAUGACGUUCCGGGGUCAUCUGCUGGAGGCUCCUGCACCCAGAUUGCACUUGCGCCCGGUUCUGCCUGCGAAGAUGAGGGUGUGGUGGAACAUGAAGUGUCCGACGAGGAAGAGCCACUUAUUCAGAUGGUGGAAUGCCGUAUUUGCCAGGAGGAGGACCACAUCAAGAACCUGGAGACCCCUUGCGCUUGUAGUGGCAGCUUGAAGUUUGCUCACAGGAAGUGUGUUCAGCGCUGGUGCAAUGAGAAAGGAGAUAUAAUUUGUGAGAUCUGCCAUCAGCAUUAUCAACCUGGGUAUACUGCCCCACCACCUCCUCCUGAGUCUGAAGAUACUGCAAUUGAUAUCAGUGGAGGUUGGACAAUCUCAGGUGCUCCUUUGGAUUUGAAUGAUCCUCGUCUUUUAGCUAUGGCAGCAGCUGAGCGCCACUUUCUAGAAGCUGAGUAUGAUGAAUAUGCUGCUACAAAUGCCAGUGGAGCUGCAUUUUGUCGUUCUGCUGCUCUAAUUUUGAUGGCUCUUCUGCUCUUGAGGCACGCACUGAGCAUCACCAAUGCUGAUGGGGCUGAUGAUGCAUCCACUUUCUUCUCUCUUUUCUUGCUCCGAGCUGCGGGGUUUCUUUUGCCAUGUUACAUUAUGGCCUGGGCCAUCAGUAUUUUGCAGCGUCGCAGGCAAAGACAGGAAGCGGCUGCACUAGCUGCAACAGAAGUUGCAUUUGUACUACAGUCGGGGCAACAUAGAGGUCUGCAGUUCACUAUAGCACCAACGCCAGUGACUCCCCGUCAAGAGCCAACCCAAUGAUUUCAUAAGCAUGUCAACCAGACGUGGACGUCUCUGAGCAGGUUGGGCUUGACUAUUACAAGGCAGUGGCAUUAAAUUGAUUUUAAAUCUUCAUGCUGUGGCUAUUUUCUGGUUGUUAAUGAAGUGGGGAGCUUUGCUUCUUUAUUUCUGUGUUCUUCCCCAUCCCUUUGAUGGUCUGUAUAUAUGUGUAUGAGAUUAUCCAACAGUGAGGUCCUUGCUUCUGGAAAUUUGUUUGGUUCGCAGUAAAUUUUGUAUUUAUGGUCGCA